UCUACAAAUCCUUUAUUUCUUUUUUCCUUUUUUUUUUCUUUUUUACUUCAUCGCACCGAUUUGGCACCGCUGCCAGAACUGAUGGAGCUUAUAUUCUCUCUCUUGCCCUUUUAUUUUUUUUUUUUCUAUUCAAAAAGGAUCUGUAAGUCACCCUGCGUGCGUGCAGUCUAGGGGGGACGGACUUCCCGACCGGAAGAAGGAAGAAAAAAUGAAAGUUUCCGAGAAAACAGGCGGUUGCGCAAAAAUCUUUAUACAAGAUUUUAUACUUGGAAAUUGAAUUCGAUAGAUUUUUCGUGAGCUGUAUUUUUUAAAUUUCAUUCGGGGAAUAAUAAUCUAUUUGAAAUUGACAUGACAUUUCUCAACUGUGGGGGGGCUGAAUUCAAAAGAAGCGGAUGACUCAUUUCUCGUGUGUUGUAGUAAACGAGUUGUACGUGCGUCGUUGAAGAAGAAGAAGCAACCGGGAGUUGUGUGUGUGACGAAUCAGCGCGCGCGCUUCAAAGUGUCUGGUAACGCUGGAUGAUGAAAACGAUCAAUACAGUUGUGUGUGUAUGCUUGUGCCUGUGACGAGAGAGAGGGAAAAGAAAAGUAUAUUGGGUAGUGAAUAGAAACGCCAGCGGAGUUUGGAGGGGAGAGAGAGGAACGUGAGACGAGAACAGUCGGGACGAAAAGAAAAAUAAUCCGCUUUUAAUUUAGCUUGAUAGCUGGAACAGUAGCCAACCUCUCAAAUUGAAACACACAGACAAAAGCUUGGACAAACUACACUAUGCGUCAAGCCUGAACAAAAAUGUCGUCCGAACGUGAGUAUGGGGCCACCCUGUGUCGAGGGGGGUAAACCCAGCAGUAGACGAUAGAAGUCGGUAGACUCGGUACCGGUUUGUUGUUGGCUCUUGUGUUGCUGUGUGUGUUCGUUCCUGUGUGUGUCGUCGUUUUCUCUCCCUCCCUCGUUAUUUUUUUUUUUAGUUGUCUUUUAUUUAUUCAUCUUUUAUAUACUUAAAUUACGUGAGCCAUUUGUUUCGGGUUUUUCUUUGAUUUUUCCCUUCGUGAGUGAGUGAUUUAUAUUUUCCGCUCGGAUUGUGUCACGUGAAUAAUCAUCUGCUUGGUUUUUACAUGGUGAUAUCCGCUUCGAUGCAGUUGGUGAAGAUACUGCACGAAGAAUCAAAGUUUUUCUGUGUUCUUCUGUGGUGAGAGAGAAAAUAAUCAGUUGGAAGCCUUCGGCGGUUGAUUCUUCACGGCUCCACACAAAAUCUACAGAUUUGACAUGUCGACCAUCAACGGAGACGGUGGCCGGACGACUCCGAAAACCAAUGGAGAGAAAUUCAAUGGAACGUCGGGCGAAGCCACGGACGAUGUCAAGGCGACCCAGCAACAUAUCAAAAAUCUAGAAACGGAAUUGAAACAUGCACGCGAAGCUCUUUCAGCUUUGAAGGCGGACCGGAAACGAUUGAAAGCCGAGAAAUUCGACGUGCUGAAUCAAAUGAAGCAGCUCUACGCCACGCUAGAAGACAAAGAAAAAGAGUUGAGGGAGUUCAUCCGUGCUUAUGAGAAGCGGAUGCGGGAGAGCGAGUCGGCCCUGCGUCAAUUAAUGCAGGAACGCAACGAGGCGGAACGGGAGAAAUGGACGAUAUUGCGGCACGCAAGAGACGAAGCCGAACGUUGUCUCGCCGUGACAACUCAAUUGACUGCCCGUGACGCCAAAAUCGACCAACUUCAAGAAGAACUGGCCCAGAUCCGACAGCAAUUGAGCCGACAGCAGAUGGCCGGCCAACGGAUUUCACCGACGAUAGCCAUGUCGACCGUGGCUAAUAGCGUCCAGCAGCAGCAGCAACAACGUCCGUCCCUAGCAACGACGGCGAGACACAAGAGAUCGAGCAUCAGUUCCAUGGAUAGCGCUGCCGUCGUGUCAGAUGCUUGCGACGAGCCUCUUUAUUCGCGGAUCGAUCACAGCAGCAGCAACGAGAGCCAGCGUGAAGCUACGACGACGGCGGCCGCCGGGUCGUCGAUAACCGCACCCAGUAAUCAUGACGGCGCAGCAAUAGCAGCAGCUUUAGUCGAUCAACUGAUGGCUGAUGUUGAUUCUCUUUCUAUGAGUUCGAUCGUGCCCGGUAGUCUGCUGUCGGCGGCCACGGUGGAUUCCGGUGACGUUAGGAAACUCGAUGAGCUGACAUGCCAGUCCCUGGCAUCUGAUUCCGGAUGGAAGUCGACGGAUCAGCUGAGUUUGGCCAGUUUCGGUAGUAAAACCAUGAACAAAUUGACUUUAAACAAAUCGAUAUCGCGCAACGGUGGACCUUGGGGCAGCAUUUCACGUGUCUUUUCCCGAGCCAGCAAGCAACGCAAAACCCUCGAUCUCUCCAUCUACGAAGGUCCACCUCGGUCGGAACGGGAUUCAAGGCGAAGUUGGUCCCCACGCAGUUCAUUAUGCACCACGCCAUUGACUGAGGAGACGGUGGCCGACCGGUUUCGAUUCUGGGACGAAGCCCAGAGCUGGGCUGUCGAACGUUGGAAAGCUGGACAUGUCUUGGCCUGGUUAGAGUUCGGCAUGGGCAUGGCCCGUUAUCUGCCCGCAUGUGCCGAAAACAUCAAGAGUGGCAGAGUUUUACUUGAACUAUCGGACACUGAAAUUGAAGCUGGAUUAGGACUCAAUCACGCCAUGCACCGCAAAAAAGUCCGGCUGGCCAUUGAAGAACGGCGGCCUGGGCAACCAGUUCGUUAUCCGCUCUUGUCAACUCUGGGGAAUUCGUGGGUCGCCAAUGAAUGGCUCACCGACAUCGGACUCACUCAGUACGCUGACGCCUUUCACACCUGUCUAAUGGACGCCCGACUACUAGACAAUUUGACCAAACGUGAAUUGGAGAAGCAUUUGGGUGUGACCCGCAAAGCUCAUCAAACAUCUAUCGUGCAAGGCAUUACUUUCCUUCGUAUGAUCAAAUACGACCGGCAGGCAAUCAACGAAAGACGAAGACAGUGUGAUGUGAUUGACUGUGAUCCUCUGGUGUGGACCAACCAACGUUUUAUCAGCUGGGCACGGGGCAUCGACUUGGCUGAAUACGCCGACAACCUUAGAGAGAGCGGUAUUCAUGGGGCUUUAGUAAUCCUGGAUCCUACGUUUAAUGCGGACGUCAUGGCGACCGCCAUGGGCAUUCCUACGUCAAAGAACAUUAUACGUCGCCAUUUAGCUACCGAGUUGGAAUCGCUCGUCCAAAUAACACGAGCGAGGUACGAGCAACGCAGUCGACAAGCUCGAAGCGAACGGAAACGAGUCGAAAAAAUGGACGGUAAUGCCAGUUUAGGUCGAAAUUUGUCACGCUCUUUUACAACGGGAUUGGUGUCAAGUGGACCCAAUCAGGAAGAUAUUUAUGGCCGAUCUGUGGAGAAUAACGGCAGCAUGCUUGGCAUCAAAUCCAACGUUAGAGCGAGCUUUCACGCAUCAUUGAGCAGGGCGUUCGGUCGAAAGAUUAAGCAAGACCGAGCUGCAGCUGCGGCUGCUGCUGCGACAGCAGUUUCAGGAAAUGGGAGCAUUGCAACAUCGGACGAUCGUGACGCCUUGAUUGCCAACAGCUCAGACACUGCUGGAGCACCAGCAUCGGCCAGCUCCUCUUCUAUUUAUUCCGACGCCAGAGACUGGACGCUCAAAAAUUCGCAGGCGGACAACCACCGGCGCGUCAAAUCUAGCAGUGAUAUCGAGAAAAUUACAGUGACUAGAGUAUAGUUAAUUUCUAAUAAUAAUAAUAAUAAUAUUAUUCCUGGCGGCAAAUCACUUUGCCGUUUGUUACAAAAAAUUUAGUGUUUGUUAGCACAGCAUUUCCCACAGUACCUUUCUUGUCUCUCACGUCAUGUUUUUCCCAAAUCUUGUUUCUCAGUUGUUUUGUUAUUUAAUAAGAAACUUUUUCUUAUCAUAUAUCGUGGACACAUCGGAUCGGUGAUUGUUGUGAUGAAAAAUGGUCAUGUGUACAUUGUUAGUUCAAAUUCUCUUCUUCGUGAGUGUGAAUUUUGUGCAUAAUACAGUUAUUCGGCGCGUCA